GGCCAAGCGCGCGGCGGAUGGCGCAGGCGCGUUCCGGGGUUUCCAGCUUCUGCUCUGAGCGCCGAGAGCCUGGUCGCGCGGGCGCGCGAGCGGAGUGUGCUAACGGGACGCGCGCCGGACGCGGGCGGCACGAGGGGUCCGGCCGGGCGGCGUCGGGAGACCCGCCGGCCGCGGAGCGGGCCCCGCGAUGGCCGAGGGCAGCGCCGUGUCCGACCCUCAGCACGCCGCGCGCCUGCUGCGGGCGCUCAGCUCUUUCCGCGAGGAGUCCCGCUUCUGCGACGCGCACCUGGUCCUCGACGGGGAGGAGAUCCCGGUGCAGAAGAACAUCCUGGCGGCGGCCAGCCCGUACAUCAGGACAAAGUUAAACUAUAAUCCUCCAAAAGAUGAUGGAUCAACUUAUAAGAUUGAACUUGAAGGGAUAUCGGUAAUGGUUAUGAGAGAGAUCCUGGAUUACAUCUUCAGUGGGCAGAUCAGGCUAAACGAAGAUACAAUCCAAGAUGUCGUGCAGGCGGCAGACCUGCUACUGCUGACAGACCUUAAAACUCUGUGCUGUGAGUUUCUAGAAGGCUGCAUCGCCGCUGAGAACUGUAUUGGUAUUCGUGACUUUGCACUACAUUACUGUCUGCAUCAUGUUCAUUACCUUGCCACGGAGUAUCUGGAAACUCAUUUCCGGGAUGUCAGCAGCACAGAAGAAUUCCUAGAGCUGAACCCUCAGAAGCUUAAAGAAGUCAUUUCUCUCGAGAAAUUAAAUGUUGGCAAUGAAAGAUACGUAUUUGAAGCAGUAAUUCGAUGGAUAGCACAUGAUACAGAAGUAAGAAAGGUCCACAUGAAGGAUGUUAUGUCAGCUCUGUGGGUUUCAGGGCUGGAUUCCAGUUAUUUACGGGAACAGAUGCUGAAUGAACCACUCGUGCGAGAAAUUGUCAAGGAGUGCAGCAACAUACCACUUAGCCAGCCCCAGCAGGGAGAGGCCAUGCUGGCCAACUUCAAGCCCCGAGGCUACUCUGAGUGCAUCGUGACUGUGGGUGGGGAAGAAAGAGUUUCCCGGAAGCCCACCGCAGCGAUGCGAUGCAUGUGCCCUCUCUACGACCCUAACAGGCAGCUGUGGAUCGAGCUGGCACCAUUAAGCAUGCCAAGAAUUCACCAUGGCGUUCUCUCAGCAGAGGGAUUUUUGUUUGUUUUUGGGGGCCAAGAUGAAAAUAAGCAGACACUGAGCUCGGGAGAAAAGUACGACCCAGAUACAAACACGUGGACUGCACUGCCACCCAUGAGCGAGGCCAGACAUAACUUUGGGAUCGUGGAGAUUGAUGGGAUGCUGUACAUCUUGGGAGGGGAGGAUGGUGAGAAGGAGCUGAUUUCUAUGGAGUGUUAUGACAUUUACUCCAAAACCUGGACCAAGCAACCUGAUUUGACCAUGGUUCGAAAGAUUGGCUGCUAUGCAGCUAUGAAAAAGAAAAUCUAUGCCAUGGGGGGAGGAUCCUAUGGAAAGCUUUUUGAAUCUGUGGAGUGUUAUGAUCCAAGGACCCAGCAAUGGACUGCUAUAUGUCCUCUAACAGAGAGGAGAUUUGGAGCCGUGGCCUGUGGAGUUGCCAUGGAGCUGUAUGUGUUCGGGGGCGUCAGAAGCCGCGAGGACAUCCAGGGGAAUGAGAUGGUGACGUGUAAGUCCGAAUUCUACCAUGAUGAGUUUAAAAGGUGGAUCUAUCUCAAUGACCAGAACUUAUGUAUUCCCGCCAGUUCCUCUUUCGUUUAUGGAGCUGUACCGAUAGGAGCCAGCAUCUAUGUCAUUGGAGACCUUGAUACGGGUACCAAUUACGACUACGUGCGUGAGUUCAAGAGGAGCACAGGCACCUGGCAUCACACUAAGCCCCUCCUUCCAUCCGACCUCCGCCGCACAGGGUGUGCAGCCUUACGUAUUGCAAAUUGUAAGCUCUUCCGUCUGCAGCUUCAGCAAGGCUUAUUCCGCAUCCGAGUUAAUUCCCCUUGAAGAGGGAGCCAAAUGGGGAGCGAGGUCCUGACCCAGGAGCGCUGGGACAUCCUAGCUUUACAUGAGGGGAAUGGAGACAGCAGCUGGAACUGACUGUGCUGGGCUCUGGUAUGAUCACUCUGGGGUGGGCCUAUGAUGCUUACGAACUGGCGCUUCAGCUCGUGUUUGGGAAAACACAUAACAGUUGAAUAACUACCCGGGUAAAAUCAGUUCCUCCAGUUAGAUGUGUCUGUAGACAAUGGAGGCUGGUAAAUAUCAAAAGGAAAGGGGAGUGGGAAUUGGUAUCAUGUAAAAUAUCAAAGUGAAAACACUGAGGUGUAUUUUCCCAGAUGGGAAGGCAUUUCUAACUAACUGCUAUGUUUAAGUACGUGGCUUUGGUAAACACACACAAAAAAAUCCAUAUAUGCAAAUCAACAUAUCCAAACAUGCCAAGAUUGCUUUUCUACCGCAUUUGGAAGGAGAUAUUAUGCCUAACCCUGCCCACCAAGUUAAGGUUUUUGCCUAAAAUGUUAGAUUGGACUAUAUUCAGUUAGUCUCCAUUAUGACUAGUACUCUGUUCUAAGAAUCUUUGAAAAACUAUAUUAUGAUGAAUUGAAAUGAAGAUACAACUUCUCUUUUACAACAUUCUGUCUUAGUAAUGUAAAGAUUCAAUCAAGCGAUGAGUCAGGCCUCAGCCCUCAUGUGAGCUUGAAGGAAGUUGCCAACUUCUUUGCUAAUUUCGAUUAGGACAUGUCACCUGUCCUUUCUUGGGUGGAACCUGUGGAGCUGGGGGGAUUUUACGCUGUGCCAUUCUGCCUUUUCAACUGAGCAAAAUCAUUUUAUAAGUCUGAGGGUGGUAGUGAGUAGGAGAUUUUAUAUAAGAAAGAUCUGAGUCAGACAAACAAAGGUCUGCUGAGCUACAAAAAAACCUGUCCAAACAAAAUGUAUAGGGAUCAAAUCUUUUUAAUAUAAUCUGCCUGAAAGCACACAAAGUCUUGUUUACUACUGUUUAGGAUUCAAGAACAGUCUUGGAAUGCAAAUCUGUGUUAAGAAUCUAGUCCUUGUAAUAGAAUUUUCCCAGUGCCAUGCACUAGUAAGAGUUUGCAAAUGAUGUUGCAAGUAUAGUUUGGCUGGUAGAAUAAACUACCUCAACUUAAUUUUAUUCUGUUCAUAGUAGAGCAAAUUAACCUUUUCCUCUUUCCCUCCAUUCCCCUCUCUUACUCCCACCUCAACCCACUCUACCCAACUUUCCACUGGGGAAAAAGUCUUUCCUUAGUGGAAUUUAUCUUGUAAGAUAUUUUGUCUUCCACUCCAGUUAUACCACCAUAGUGUGAAAUCGGGGACUGCAAAGUGCUUGAUUACUGUAUAAUUUGAAUUUUAUGCAAAUCAAAUUUAUAAUCAAUUUAAUAUAGAGUACUUCAUUUUUAAUUGUUUUCUACAGCUUUAUUUUCCUCUUAAGACUGGCUAUAAGAAGCAGCAUUUUUGUCUUAGUGAUUAAUACAUGUAUACAUGUAUCCUUUGGUUGUAAAUUUGAGAACAGAAUUUCUUCUAGAAACUUCCUAUAUGGAACAUUUGCAUGCUAUUAACAUGCAUAUAUAACAUCUCUGUGUUCUUCCACCCACAGACGUAGAAAAGGGUAACCUAACUGCGAUUUUUAUUUCUUACACCUGCUGGAAGUCAGUACAGUACUACAGAAGUUGCUGAAAGAGGUUGUGCCCUGGGGGUUCUAAGGAGUAUUGUGUGUGGCAUUAGCUCUCCAUUGUGGCCGCAGGAUAGGUGGUAAGAGAAGUUUUAAGGUUCUCACCCUUACAGGCCAGAGGCACUCGACCAGAUGCGCCACACAGUCAUGGACUCCAAUCAGAUUUGCUGCAUCACUCCCACCCAGGCUUAGAAGUGUACAGUGUACCAGUUAACUGUUGUCUGCACAUUUUCCCAAUGAUACUUUGGAUAUCUUUUAAUCAAAGCAAACUGUGUGGCCUCUUCAAAGGAAGAUAGAUUUUCUUUUUACAACUAGAUACUAGUUUUAGAGGAAACAAAUCACUGCUUUGGUGAAGUAUCCUGUACAGCAGUACCUCGGCAUUCAGCAGCUGCAUUUGGGAACAUUCAAGUAGUCACUGACAUCCUGUGAAAGCCACGGUCGUCAGCAAUUCUCUUUUUUUAAUUUCUGACAUUUAAAGUUUUUUCCAGUCUACAUCAGGCCUCUCCAAGGAGACAACUCAUUAUUUAGGAGUGAAUGGCUUCCUGUUGCAAUAUUAUCAGUACCUGCAUGACUGGGUAAAUUCAUUUCAUAGAAAUCAUGCUUUUAAAAAUAAAUUCAGUUCAUUGACACUGUAGCUGCAGAAAUUAGAUAAUGUUUUAUAAAAUAAAUUUGCCACAUAAAUAUAAGAUGCAAUAACUAACAAAAGCUGCUAAGUGCCAAACUAUUAUUUUACUAUAUAUCAAUAUUAGAAUAUUGUGUUGGAGUAUAGGAAUGUAUUUACUUUUAUUAUGUUCCAAAAUUAAUCAUGGUUCUUUUUGUAAAUUACAAUUAUUUCAGUAUUGUGGAAUAAAUUUUAACUCAUUUCAUGCAGGUUUCUUUUU